AUGCCAGCAAUUCUGCAUCUGCUAUGCCUGAACCAAAGUCUGUAUGCGUUUCAGUAGAUGAAGUGGUCUCCAAUGGAACCGACACCCAAGAAGUCCACCUACUCAAUGGUCAUUUAAAAAAGGUGGACAAUGCAUUGACAGAAGCCCAUCGCUUCUCCUACCUUCCGCGGAGACCAGCUGUGAACAUUGAGUUUAAAGAACUCUCUUACUCCAUCCAAGAAGGACCAUGGUGGAGGAAGAAGGGUUUCAAGACCUUGUUGAAAGGAAUUUCAGGAAAGUUCAGCAGUGGAGAACUUGUGGCCAUUAUGGGCCCUUCUGGAGCUGGAAAGUCAACGCUCAUGAACAUCCUGGCAGGAUACAGAGAGACUGGGAUGAAAGGAGAGAUCCUCAUCAAUGGACAACCCCGUGAUCUGCGCUCUUUCCGCAAAGUGUCCUGUUACAUAAUGCAAGAUGACAUGCUACUUCCACAUCUUACUGUCCAAGAAGCCAUGAUGGUAUCUGCUCAUCUGAAACUUCAGGAAAAAGAUGAAGGCAGGAGGGAAAUGGUAAAGGAGAUCCUGACAGCUCUGGGUUUGCUGUCCUGUGCCACUACAAGGACUGGAAGUCUUUCAGGGGGGCAGAGAAAGCGUCUCGCUAUUGCUUUGGAGCUGGUGAACAACCCGCCAGUUAUGUUUUUUGACGAACCUACCAGCGGCCUGGACAGUGCAUCCUGCUUUCAAGUCGUAUCCUUGAUGAAGGCUUUAGCACAGGGUGGUCGGUCCAUUAUCUGCACUAUACACCAGCCCAGUGCCAAACUCUUUGAGCAAUUUGACCAGCUCUACGUCUUGAGCCAAGGGCAGUGCAUUUACCGUGGGAAAGUGUUAAACCUAGUCCCUUACUUGAGAGAUUUGGGUUUGAAUUGUCCAACGUACCACAAUCCAGCAGAUUUUGUGAUGGAAGUUGCCUCCGGCGAGUAUGGAGACCAGAACAGCCGUCUAGUAAGGGCAGUCCGAGAAGGAAUGUGCGAUGCCGAUUUCAAGAGAAACUCUGGGGGAGAAAGUGAACUUAACCCUUUCCUAUGGCACAGACCAUCUGAAGAGGAUUCUUCAUCCACAGAAGGCUGUCACAGCUUCUCAGCCAGCUGCCUUACUCAGUUUUGCAUUCUGUUUAAAAGAACAUUUCUCACCAUAAUGAGGGAUUCGGUUCUGACGCAUCUGCGGAUCACAUCGCACAUUGGCAUUGGACUCCUCAUAGGAUUGCUGUACUUGGGGAUCGGAAACGAAGCCAAAAAAGUCCUGAGCAACUCUGGCUUCCUCUUCUUUUCCAUGUUGUUUCUCAUGUUUGCUGCUCUCAUGCCGACAGUCCUUACAUUUCCUCUAGAGAUGGGCGUAUUUCUUAGAGAACAUCUGAAUUACUGGUACAGUCUGAAGGCCUACUACUUGGCUAAAACGAUGGCUGACGUCCCUUUUCAGAUUAUGUUUCCUGUAGCAUAUUGUAGCAUUGUGUACUGGAUGACCGCACAACCCUCCGACGCACUCCGAUUCGUCCUGUUUGCAGCACUGGGGACAAUGACAUCACUCGUGGCUCAGUCACUGGGGCUUCUGAUUGGGGCAGCAUCCACUUCACUCCAGGUGGCAACAUUUGUAGGCCCUGUUACAGCCAUCCCCGUUCUUCUCUUCUCAGGAUUUUUUGUCAGCUUUGAUACCAUUCCAGCUUACCUCCAAUGGUUGUCCUACAUCUCAUAUGUCAGAUACGGAUUUGAAGGUGUCAUUCUGUCCAUCUAUGGUUUGGAUCGGGAAGAUCUCCACUGCGACAAAGAUGAUACUUGCCAUUUUCAAAAAUCAGAGGCCAUCCUCAAAGAGCUGGAUGUAGAAAACGCUAAACUUUAUUUAGACUUCAUCGUGCUUGGAAUUUUCUUCGUCUCCUUACGUCUCAUUGCCUACUUUGUCCUCAGAUACAAGAUUCGAGCAGAAAGGUAGAGAGGAAGCAGAUG